CCUGCCCCUCCUUAACAACAAGAUAACAUCAUAUUCUCCUCCUAUCCUAUCGAGCUGCCCCUUCCGUUCUCUCUCUCUCUCUCUAACUUUUUAUACUCUCACAGCACAAGAGACCAGUUCAUCCCUGGUUGCCUCUCAUAGUCAUCUUCAGAGAGAGAAAGAGAGAAGAGAGGGAGAGAGGAGUAACUCCAGUACUAGAGACACAGACACCCACCAAGGCCAAAGCAUAAACACAAACAAGAGGAGAAGAGCCGCCUCCUCUUCCACAACAACACCAAGAACCUUCUCCUCCAUGAUCUCCUCCUCCCUGUGCUUCUUGCGUAUAUGUACAUAUCCAUGGAUCGCAUGAGCUCCCCAAGCUAGCUAGGUCGUCGCCAUACUGCAGCCGUGCAGCGUGCUCUAGAGAGAGGAAGAGGGGUGAGAAGGGUGCGGGCAGCGCGCGCACGUGCGAUCAGGGGCAGGAGAAAGAGAGACGCGUCGGCGGCGGUGGACUAGACGAUGGAGGCGAGCUCGGCAGCGUCGCCGGACCUGUCGCUGCACAUCAGUUUGCCGAGCAGCGCGCUGGGGUCCGGGCCGUCCGGCGGGCGCGGCGCGGUGGGGGGACCAGGAGGAGCCGCGGGGGGAGACCCUUGGCGGAGGCUGAACGGCUCCACAGCGUCCACGGAACUGUCCCUAUCGCCGCCGGCCGAGCAGGAGGCGGACGCGCUGCCAUGGCGGCACCACCCGCCGUCGGCGGGCGCGUCCUCCGCGGCAACGACGUCGGCGGGCGGGGCCCGGAUGCCCAUGCCGAUGCUGCAGCCCCCCGACGCCGGGGGAGGAGCCGGUGGAGGAGGCGCGUCGGCCGCGGCGCCAAUCCGGGGGAUACCAAUCUACAACGGCGCGGGGGGCUUCCCGUUCCUGCCGCCGGCGGUCGGGGGAGACGGCCACCACAACAACCACCAGAAGGUCGGGUUCUACAGCUCCUACCACCCGGCCACGUGGGCCUCUACGUCGCUGUCGCCCCUCGCGCCGGGGGCGCCGCCGUCCUCGCUCGACCCCGCGACGGCGUUCCUGUCCCCAGCCGCGCACCACCACCACCGGAUGCUGUUGGCGUCGGGCAGGCUGAACGGCAUGCUCUCCGACACCCUCCGCGGCUACGGCGCCGGUGGCUUGGGCGGCAUCGGCGGGCACCACCAACAUCACCACCUCCACGGCGCGCAGCCGUUCGGCCUGGCCUCCCGGUUCACGCCAAAGCUUCCUGCCAAGCGCAGCAUGCGCGCGCCGCGCAUGCGGUGGACGAGCACCCUCCACGCCCGCUUCGUCCACGCUGUCGAGCUCCUCGGUGGCCACGAGAGGGCGACGCCCAAGUCGGUGCUGGAGCUCAUGGACGUGAAGGAUCUGACCCUAGCGCACGUCAAGAGCCAUCUCCAGAUGUAUCGAACCGUGAAGAGCACUGACAAGCCUGCCGCCUCCUCAGGGCCAAACGACGGCGGCUCCGGCGACGAGGACUUCCCUGGCGCCGGCCAGGCGGCCUCUGGUGGUGACAACAUGUGUGUGAGGCCGUUUGGAGAGCACCGGUCCACCUCCGAGGGCGCGGCGAGCUCGGUGGGCGGCGGCGGCGACAUGGACCAGUCGUCGGCCGGGAACACCACCACCAGGUGGAGCAACUCGUCAAGCUACUGGAACCCAGUAUACCAUAGGCGAGGGGAGAAAAUCUCGUCAUGCAAGUGAGGCUGGGCGCAGCCAGAGGACUCUUUUGUGAUUUGGGCGGCUCGCGUGUGGAUAGAAACCGGGAGCAGCCAGUUAACAUAUAUUUAUUUAGUUCUUAAUUAUUUUUUCCAUACAAAAUCAAGGGUUCAGAUUUAUUUGACAUCUUACUUCCUGCAAGGUAAGUGGUGUACCGUAACAGAGCCCUCUUUCUUAUCAUCCCAACUUUUGGUCAUACUUGCAUUCUUGUUUCUUGGUUGUUUCCAUUAUUUUUCCUCUUUGCAUACGCUUACAUUCUCUCUCUCUCUCUCUCUCUCUCUGAAGUCCGGCCAAUGCCUUCCCCAACAACCUUGGCUAUUGAGAAUUCAUUUGCUUGUGAAAAUAAAGUCUAGUGUUUGAGAUCGAUAGUGUUCUUUUUGUUAGCUUAUCUUCCUUAUGCUUAGCCGUUUAAGUCAAAGAAUGAAUACGUACAUAUUUAAAAUAGUUGUAAUCCAGCACACUGUUGAUGAUCAAAAUAGUUGUUGUGGACAAAACAAAAACCCCUUUUAAAAAAACAAAACAAAAACAUAUGAAUCAAGGAUAUAAAUGAGUUUCUUUUAAAAAAAAUAAAAAAAAUAGAAGCUUCUGAUUGGAAGUAAUUUAUUUAAUAAAGUUUUGACGUGGCAAUUUUAUUUAAUUGCUUGAUUAAAUGCUUCGUUUUUGUAUUUUGUUCUUUAAUUGGUCUUGACAUGAACAAAGAGCUAAUCACUCGAGGUGGAGUCAUGCAAGUAAAACGUUUGAAGUCAAUUGAAUUUGGCAGCAGUAAUCUUUUUCCCGAAGUAGAUUAAUAUACUACAUAGUAUUUAACUUAUAUACUUCAUCUUUACAACAUUAUCAUUAAACAAUCCUUAAUUAGAAAAUAUUCAUACAUAACACAGAACACAUAAAACUAGGAUAUCAAUGAUUGAUAGUAUUAUGGACAUGCAAAGCCUGCUGGUCCCUUAAUGCUAACAGCAUACAUCUGCUCCUAUCAAGACAAAAGCAUUUUACAAGGGUUUGGUAGUAAGUUGGUAUUAUCUUGAUAGAGUAGUGAUAAAGGAAGGGCACUUUUCUUGAUACACCAAAAUCACAAAGGAAAAAAAAAAAGAAAUGGACAUCCAGCUGUUUCAUGAUCUCCAACAUGUGGGGCAUGCACAAACAUGUUUUCUCUCUAUGAACAUUGAAGUCUACAAUUUUGUACUGCUAGAUGUCUGCAUGCUACAACUAGAAUUACUAAUUUAGAAAAUGAAAUCAGCAAAUUUGUUGGGUGAUGCUUCCAGGAAAUGUACAUUUUGUUACUGAUGAAGCAUUAGAUUCCUUGCUUCUGCCUUUCUUUUCCUCAAAUUCUCAUGGCAGGAGCUUAUACGCUGAUCGGCUAUUGUGCCAUUCACAGCACGACUGUACCAAACCGGAACAUCUUUUAAGAGCUUGUUGCCUAGAAAGGAGCCAUGUAACUAACUGAUCAUGAAGAGCAACUGUUGUUACUCACUUUAGAUAAAGCUAACUGGGGUUUGUGCAUGCAUGCCAUAUUCCUAGCUAUAGUAAUAUUACCAUAUACUACACAUAUGUCGUCCCCUUGAAAAAACAAACUACCCAAUUAAGCACUGCAAUGCUCAGUUUACUAUUCUGCUAGUUUCAAAUUGGACAUAGUAUCUUUGGAAAGUUUGUAACGACUUUGCUAAAAGGAAAAAAAAAAUCUU